AGUGGCAUCAUCACGAUCGUCCAUAGCAUCAACUAGACGCAGCACGAUCUUGACGGUCGUGAUUCAACCUCUCCCACUGUGCGAUCGAGAUCAGACUACUCAUCAGAGCUCCCAAGCUUCAACAGAGGACCCUCUCAUCUUCUCCACGAACUCAUCGAUUCUAGGCUCUGUUGCUGACGAGAACGAAAGAAGCCAUGGCUGGAGGAAGAGGAAGAGGAAGAGGAAAAGGAGGAGGGAGAGGAAGAGGAAGACCCAACAAUAGUGGCAGCAAGAGCAGCGGUGGUGGCGGAAGAAGAAGAGGAGGAGGAGGAUCAGAAGCUUUGUUCAUUGAUGGAGGUUUCUUAUCUGAUUGGUCCUUUACUCCAUCCCCUUCUCGAGGGAAAAAUCCCAGUUCCAGUAACAAAUCUGGGUCCAAAUCUGAAAGCUUGAAUCGAGCAAAAUCAGCUUCUGGAUCAAAAACUGGGUCUCGAUUGUCUGGGGGGAACACUAUUGGAUUCCAAUAUCCUUCGGUUGAUUUUAAGGAGAGUUCACAGCUAGACUCACGUUUUGAGAGCAAUAAUGAAGAUAGUAAUUUGGACGAUUCACUCACCUUUGCUUUAGUUGAUUCCAAGGAGUCCCAGAUAUUUGCUUAUGUAGACCAGACACCAUCUUUAAAGUCCCAAGAUGUAGCUUUUACUUAUGAUUACAGUUCAGGUUUUACCUUAGGUGACUGCUCUCAUAGGGGAUUGGGGUACUCUGAUGAACUUGAGGAAACCCCAAGUGGUGAUGAAGCUUCCUUAACACAAAAUGAAGAGAAAGAAAACCCACUUUUCAACUCCUUGCCCUCUGAGCAGGAUAUGGAUGCAGAGGAGAGAAACAGUGAUGAAAUAGGUGUUGCGAAGCAUGAAGAAUCACUAGCAGUGAUGUCAACUCCUAAGAAAAACUCUGGGUUUUUGUCCAUUGGAGGUGUGAAACUAUACACUCAAGAUAUAUCUGACGAGGAAAGUGAUGAAGAUGAAGGCGGGGAAUCAGUUGAUGAAGGAAGUUCAGGGUCUUCUGAGACAGGAUCAUCCGAAAGUGAUGGCUCUGAAGGCACAUCUGACAGUGGUUCAGAUGUUGACGAUGAUGUUGUAGAAGAUUAUUUAGAAGGAAUUGGUGGCCCGGAAAAUAUUUUAAAUUCUAAGUGGUUGGUAGGGCAUGAAUUUGAUAAUUCAGAUGAUGAUACUUCAAGCAGUGGCUAUGAUAACACUGUAAAGAAGUUGGGUGGAAUUGCUCUUCAGGAAGCAUCUAGGGAUUAUGGAAUGAAGAAGGCCCAAUCAAGGCAGAAACACAAUCCAGCUGUAACAGGUUGGUAUUCAUCCAUAGAUGACUGUAUGCUCAUAAAGGAUCCAAGAAAACUUUCUGCUAAAAAGAAGCAUGUUGCCCACUUCCCUCAGUCUUGGCCUUUAGGAGAUCAGAAGAGUAAAGGUUCCAGAACUAUUCCUGGUACAAAAAAGAAACAUCGUAAAGAAGCAAUUGCUGUGAAGCAUCGGGAGAGAAUGCUCCGUCGUGGUCUUGAUCUUGAGCAAAUAAACUUGAAACUGGAGGAAAUUGUUUUGGAUGGAGUUGAUAUAUAUUCAUUUCAACCUUUGCAUGCCCGUGAUUGUUCCCAGGUACGUCGAUUAGCUUCUAUUUAUCGCUUACAGAGUGGUUACCAUGGCUCUGGUAAAAAAAGAUUUGUAACGGUGACACGAACUCAACACACAUCCAUGCCAUCUUCUAGCGACAGGGUUCGUCUGGAAAAGCUUAUAGGAGCUGGCAUGGAGGAUGCUGAUUUUUCUGUGGUUGAAAACUCAAACAUCAAGUCAGUGAGUGGAGAUGGAAAAAGGUCAAAGAAAAAUGGAAGAAGAAAUACAUUCACAAGGUCAGUGGAACUUGGACAAUCUGCGGAAAGAAAAUCAUCAGCCAAGCAUCAUGGCAGAGCUAAUGAGAAUAGAGAAAAGGGAAAGGAGACAUAUGCCAAUCAACCAGUAUCCUUUGUGUCGAGUGGCGCAAUGCUAUCAGAAACUGUUGAGGUUACAACUGUUGAUUCAAUGGAGAUGGACUCUUCAAGUGGUCAAAAUAAUGUUGUUGCUGGCUCAGCAAGUUUUGGUGCCUUUGAGGUACAUACCAAGGGUUUUGGAUCCAAGAUGAUGGCGAAAAUGGGAUAUGUUGAAGGUGAAGGCUUAGGAAAAGAUGGUCAGGGUAUUGCAAAGCCCAUUGAUGUGGUCAAACGACCCAAAUCCCUUGGUUUAGGUGUUGAGUUCUCUAACACCGUUGAUGACCCUGCAACAAGUAACUUGGCAGCAAGUAGUAAACCAGUAAAGACUAAAUCUCAAAGGAUUGAAGCUUUCGAAAAGCACACUAAACGAUUUGGAUCUUUAAAGAAGGAAUCCAAAGGAUUUGGAUCUAAUGGGAAGGACACCAAGGGAUUUGGAUCUUAUGGGAAGGAAGCUAAAGGAUUUGGAUCUUUUGAAAAGCACACCAAAGGGUUUGGCUCAAAGAUGAUGGCAAAGAUGGGUUUUGUUGAAGGCAUGGGAUUGGGGAGAGAUUCACAAGGCAUUGUCAAUCCUCUAGUUGCAGUCCGGUUACCAAAAUCAAGAGGUAUAGGUGCCAAAGAUUAGAAAUAUUCAGUGUUUUGCAUUGUAAAAAUUUAAAUUUAAAAGCUUUGUCAUGACAUCAUGACACAAUUCAAUUGAAUAAACAUAUAGAUGAUUGAUUGUCAUCUUAUUCUCGUACAAUGUACACAUGUGAGUGUGACACCAGAAGACUAUGGGAAAUGGGUUUAAUUUAGUUCUA